AUGUCUUCUGCGACUUCUGCUGACGUGGCUUUCAUCAAGCAAAAGCAAAAUAGAUCAGUGAAUACGGAAAUCAGUUCCUCCUCUACUUCGACACAAUGGAUGUCUUUACUAAACAGCUGGAUUAUCAGUCAAAUAUGCCAACCAUUCAUUAAUCGCUUUCUGUCUACGAUUGUUGAUAAAUCUACUGAAAAUCUUCGUCUGCACAUCCCAGCAAUCAAAAGUCAACGCCAUUUCGGAAGAACUGAUGAUGAAGCAAACAACAACAACAAUGCUUAUCAAAAGGGAUCGCAAGAAAUAGUGACGGUUACAAUACACAACCCAAUAUGGAUGACAUGGAAGAUGCUACUCGAUCCCAAAAUGGGUUUAGGAGAAUCCUAUAUGGAAGGAGCGUGGUCAGCAACACCUAAUCCCAAAGAGUUCUUAGAUGUUCUAAUCAGAGCGAAAAGACAGAACUCCCGACAACGAGGCGAGAAGAACUCUAAUUCGAUCAAAAUUAGACAAUAUCUAUUAACGUCGACUAUGUCGACGAUCAGAAAUGUUGCUUGGCUUGUCAAUUACGUCCUCCACAGGCUUCGCGAUAACACCGUACGCCAGAGUGCGAAAAACAUCGAAGAUCAUUACGAUCUCGGAAAUGAUAUGUUCGAGAUUUUCUUGGACAAUUCCAUGACUUAUUCUUGCGCUUUGUUCGAAGAUUGCAAUAAACCUUAUUUAACUUCCUUGGAAUCUGCUCAGUACAAGAAAAUAGAUGCUUUGAUUGAUAUGAUGGAACUAGAUGAGAACUGUAAUGUUCUUGAAAUAGGGUGUGGAUGGGGAGCUUUUGCUAUUCGGGCUGUACAGCGAACAGGCUGUAAAUGGACAGGACUGACCAUCUCCCAUGAGCAAUUGGCAUGGGGACUUGAUAAAGUUAAAGAAGCUGGUCUCGAAGACAAAAUAAGUUUAAUCUAUAGAGAUUAUAGAAUGGACACUGGAAAAUAUGAUCGCGUAGUAUCUGUUGAGAUGGUUGAAGCUGUGGGUCAAGCUUUCCUUCCACAAUAUUUCCAAGUUAUCUCUGAUCGUUUGAAACCAAACGGAAAAGCUGUACUUCAGGGAAUUGUGUGUCCUGAUGCUUAUUAUGAGAAUUAUUGUAAAUCUUCUGAUUUCAUAAAGAAGCAUAUAUUCCCUGGUGGCCAUAUGCCUUCACGAGGUGCUAUUCGAUGUAGUUUACCAGAAGAUUUACAAUUUGGAGAAGAGAAAAGCAUUGGACUUCACUACUCGUGCACUUUAGAUUGUUGGUUCAACACCUGGAUAGAAAAGGAGGAUCAACUCAAGAAUUUGGGAAUUUCAGACAAAUUCCAUCGUAAAUGGCAAUACUACUUCUGUCUUUGUUCUUCCUUGUUCUUACACGGACACAUUGAUACAAUUCAGUUCUCGCUGAGAAAGAGCGCAAAAAACUAG